UUUUGAUUGGUCAUUUGUCACAAGGUGCGCGCAACAGCUAACGUACUCCCUCCCCUCUUGUAUAUCAAAUAUAGCUUCGUGUUCCAGUCAGAAUUGUCGUUAAAAAUGACGCUGUUUAUGAACGCUUGCGCUUUUUUAGUCAAAGUCCUCACUCUACCGCUGCACAUUGCGGAGGUGAUUGGACUUUUAUCUUUCUACAAACGCGUCUUUCCUCUAAUCGUCUAUAAAAUCUCGAUCUCCUACAAUGACAAAAUGAACGACAACAAAAGGGAACUAUUUCGAAACCUGGACAAAUUCUACCCCACGAAAGGCUCUCUGCGCAUCUUGGAGGUGGGCUGCGGAUCCGGGGCGAACUUCGAGCACUACCCGACGGGCUGCAGGAUCACAUGCACCGACCCCAACCCGCAUUUCCAAAAGUACCUGAAGAAAAGUAUGACCAAGAACGACCACCUCGUUUAUGACAGCUUCAUAGUGGCGUCAGGGGAGAAUCUAAAGGCGGUGGAGGACAACUCCGUGGAUGUUGUGGUGUGCACGCUGGUUCUGUGCUCAGUCCAGGAUACGCCGAAGGUUCUGCAAGAAGCAAAGAGAGUUCUGAGGCCUGGAGGAGCAUUUUUCUUCCUCGAACAUGUGGUGUCUGACCCCUCAAGCUGGAUUUACUUUUUUCAACAUGUUCUUCAACCAUUCUGGUACUAUUUCGGUGAUGGCUGUGAGGCAACCCGUGCUACUUGGAAGCACCUCGAGGCAGCUGGCUUCUCUGACCUGCAGCUACGUCACAUCCAAGCCCCACUGUUUUUUAUGAUCAAGCCACACAUUGUUGGUUAUGCAGUCAAAUAAUGAAAAUUAAUUUUGCCAAAAAAA